UCCGCUCGCGCCCCCUCCUUCCCCGAUGGUUGUUGACGGUGCGUCACUCACCCCCCAGGUGAGCGGGGUGAGCCAGGGAUAAACAGCAUCAUGUCCGCGGUUGAGGACAAGGCUGUGGUGAGGAAGGAGAAGCUGUGGGUAGUGGUUGGGAACCAUCAGCACCGUGUCAACAACAAGCUGGAUGACAAGCGGACACCCCUGGACGCCUGGGACAUCGUGAGCGAGGCCGAGCGAUGGGUGGGCCUCGAAGUCCCUUACAACAUCAGCUGUGCCAACUGUGAGCACUUUGUCACCAAGCUGAGAUACGGUCAGGCUUCCAGCAGCCAGGUGGAAACAGCUAUAGGUGUGGGUUUAGGAGUCGGGGGAGCCAUAUUCCUGGGUGCUAUUGCUACUGCCUGCUAUCAGAUCAUGAAACCUCGAAAUCAACACAAGAAGUGACAAACCGAGCUGUACAUGGAGUCUCUCUCCCUCCCACUCCCCCUGUGUUUUGGGAAUCUCUCUC